AUGAGCACUAAGACUUAUGGAGUCACUGGGCCCGUCUCUUUAGCAAAUCCCACCCCAAAUGAGAUUAAAUUGAAUGAUCUUUUGAUUUCAGAGCUCAAAGCAAGAGGCUCAUUUGAAAGCGAACAAGCGACUAAGAAGAGAGUAGAGGUGCUCACUUUAUUUCAAAACAUGGUCCAAGAAUUCGUGUACACGGUAUCGAAAAACAAAAACAUGAGCGAUGGAAUGGCGAGAGAUGCGGGUGGUAAAGUGUUUACGUUUGGUUCCUACAGAUUGGGAGUUUAUGGACCUGGUUCUGAUAUUGAUACUCUUGUAGUGGUACCCAAACAUGUGGGCAGAGAAGAUUUUUUCACUGUUUUUGAGCAAAUUAUAAGGAAAAGACCCGAGUUAGAGGAGAUUACAUCCGUCCCUGAUGCAUUUGUUCCUAUCAUCAAAAUCGAGUUCGAUGGUAUUUCCAUUGAUUUAAUUUAUUCUCGGCUCAAUGUUCCCAGAGUGCCUCUUGAUAUGACACUUGAAGAUAAAAAUUUGUUGAAAAAUAUUGAUGAAAAAGACUUGAGAUCAUUAAAUGGAACCCGAGUUACGGAUGAAAUCUUACAGCUAGUUCCUAAGCCGACUGUUUUUAAACACGCUUUGCGCUGUAUUAAGAUGUGGGCUCAGCAAAGAGCUGUAUACGGAAAUGUUUUUGGUUUUCCAGGUGGAGUUGCUUGGGCUAUGUUGACAGCACGUAUUUGCCAAUUGUAUCCUAAUGCAGUGGGUGCUACGAUCGUUGAAAAGUUUUUUACUAUUUACACGAAAUGGAACUGGCCCCAGCCUGUUCUUCUUAAACCAAUCGAGGACGGUCCACUUCAAGUAAGAGUUUGGAAUCCUAGACUAUACCCACACGACCGUCAACAUAGAAUGCCAGUGAUUACUCCAGCUUAUCCGUCCAUGUGUGCGACUCACAAUAUUACUAGUUCAACUCAGAAGGUUAUAAUGAAAGAAUUAGAGAGGGGUGCUGAAAUAAUGAGCUUGGUAGCUUCGGGUGAAAAAACUUGGGCUGACUUGUUCGAAAGACAUUCCUUUUUCCACGAUUAUAAAUUUUACCUAUGCAUCGUUGCUGCUACACUCGCCGAUGACGAAGAACACCACAAAUGGAGUGGUAUGAUAGAGUCGAAGCUCAGGAUACUUGUGCAAAAGCUCGAGGUCACGGACGGUAUUGCAUUAGCUCAUCCUUACGUGAAAGAUUUCUCGAACUCCUAUUUACUUAAAGACAAAAAAGUUGAUGAAAUACUUAAUGCAACUGGGACUUUACAAGGUGAACAUCUUCUUGGGACACUUGAGUCUCCUACAAAACCAGAAAAGCCCCCAUCUGAAGGAGAUUCAACAGAAAAAGCUCUACACAUUACAAGGCUUUAUAUAGGCUUGGACAUCAACUUGUUAAAGUCAGAAGUUGGUGGAGUGAGAAAGUUAGAUAUUCAACACCCAUGUUCUGAAUUUUACAACUUGUGCAAAGGGUGGCUGACAUAUGACACCGAGAAACACUUCAUUCAAAUUAAAAACGUUAAAUUGUUAGAUUUGCCUAACGAUGUCUACGUCGAAGGAGAAGUACGCCCCUCUAAAGCAACAAAAAAACGAAAGAAAGAUAGCAAAGAAGCUCAACUAAAAAGACCAAGAAGUGUUACAACAACCCCAGUAUGA